GCGAUAUGUUGUGACAGGCCUGCGCGCGUAAUUGGUGCAUCGUUGCCGCCGUAUCCUAAUUGAUAUAUGUGUUAUAUCCACUCAGGAGUGCAACGUGUCGGGCCAUGUUGCACUCCCUCAAGUGUAUUGUAGCUCCACCAAACUCACGAAAGCUACUGUCGUGGUCGCGAGGCGUGAAAUACUGGAGUGAGAGACUCUCAAAGAGAAAAUAUGCUGGGAACACUGAACAGGAGGAUGCGUUGCCAGUUAUCAAGUAUAUAUCGGAGUCCACGCGGCCGGACAACCGUGUCUACACGUGGGGCUAUGCUGAGUUGGGUGCCCUGGGCAACAAGAAUCUGCUGAAACCUAGAAACGGGAAGAAGCCCUAUGCGUACCUCCACCGGCCGAUGCGGCUGGGGUUUGCUGAGCUGAACAAGGUUACCGAUGUGGCGUGCGGGUAUGGUUUCACCGUCAUGGCUGUCAAUAGGCCCGACUAUAAGGUGUUCGGAUGCGGUAUCAACACCGACUCACAGAUCGGACUGCAGGAGGCCCGCGCCGGCCACCCACUGGAGAGGGUCAUAGCGCCUGUGCCCAUUGCGCUGCCCUUGGACGACCCCGAACGGGUCAAGGUCACCAGGGUGGCAUGCGGCCGAGGCCACACGGCCAUUGUCACCGACGGCGGCGCCGUGUUCACAUUGGGCAAUAACGCGUACGGCCAGUGCGGCCGGCGCGUGGUGGAGCGCGAGGAGUACCGCGGCAGCGCCACCGUGCACCGCGUGCGGCUGGACGAGCUGGUGCGCGACGUCACCUGCGGCCAGGACCACACGCUGAUGGUGACCGAGUCCGGGCGCGUGCUGUCGUGCGGCUGGGGCACGGACGGCCAGACGGGCCGCGGCGGGUUCGCCAGCACCUGGGAGCCGCGGCCGGUGGUCGGCGACGUGGAGGGCGAGCGGAUCGUCCGGGUGGCCUGCUCGGCCGACUGCGUGCUCGCCGUCAGCGAGAGCGGCGACGUCUUCGGCUGGGGCAACAGCGAAUACGGCCAGCUGGGCUCUGUGACGGACGAGCAGCAGCUGGGCGUGGCGCGUCGCCUGCCGUUGGGCGUGGGUCGCGUGCGGGACGUGGCCAGCGCCGGCACCAUGUGCGCCCUCAUCAACGACAAGGACGAGGUGUACGUGUGGGGGUACGGCAUGCUCGGCAAGGGUCCGGAGCUGGAGGUGUCGAAGGAGCCGUCCCUCAUACCGCCCGCACUGCUCGGCCGCAACGACUUCAGCCCUGACAGCGUGCCCGUGUCGGUGGUGUCGGGCCUGUACCAUCUGGCCGUGACCACGAGCGCCGGCGACCUCUUCACCUGGGGCCACAACCAGCACGGCGCGCUGGGCCUGGGCCACACAGAGGACCGGCUCUUCCCUCUGCGGGUCUCCAUUCCGGCGCGCGUGACCAAGGUGGCGUGCGGCGUCGACCACAUGGCCGCGCUCUGCCGCGAGUAUAUCUGACACCACGGCUGCACUACCCCGGCUGCAUGUGAUGCUACGGUGUGCUCUGUGAGGAAUGCGUCUGGCGUCACGGCGUUACAGCGGCAGUGUACCACUGCGGCGUCGACCUGGUGGCCGCUCUCUGUCGUGAGUACAUCUGGCGCCACAGCAUUGAUCUAGUGGCCGCUCUCUGUCGUGAGUACAUCCGGUGCCAAAGCAAAGACUGUGGCCGCUCUCUGUCGCGAGUACAUCUGGCGCCACAGCAUAGACCUGGUGGCCGCUCUCUGUCGCGAGUACAUCUGGUACCACAGCGCCGUGUCAGCGGUGUAUCAGUACAGUGACGACCACGUGAC